CGCCGCAGCUCCGGCCGGCCAGCUGCGCCCCACGGUCCCCUGUCCCUGCGGCUCGGCCCUGGCCACGCCCAGCCCCCACCAUGCCGUCCGCGGGGCCCAGCAGGGCCGCCCCGCUCGCCGCGAUCACCCUCCUGGUGCUGGGGGCUCCUCUGGCGCUGGCUGGCGAGGACUGCCUGUGGUACCUGGGCCGGAAUGGCUCCUGGAAUCCGGGCUUUGACUGCGAGUUCUUCACCUUCUGCUGCGGGACCUGCUACCAGCGCUACUGCUGCAGGGACCUGACCGUGCUCAUCACUGAGAGGCAGCAGAAGCACUGCCUGGCCUUCAGUCCCAAGACCAUAGCAAGCAUCGCCUCUGCUGUGAUCCUCUUUGUUGCUGUGGUUGCCACCACCAUCUGCUGCUUCCUCUGUUUCUGUUGCUACCUGUACCGGCGGCGCCAGCAGCUCCAGAGCCCAUAUGAAGGUCAGGAGAUUCCAAUGACGGGCAUCCCAGUACAGCCGGUAUACCCAUACCCUUCGGACCCCAAAGUUGGCCCUGCACCCCCACAGCCUGGCUUCAUGUACCCAGCUAGUGGUCCUGCUCCCCAGUAUCCGCUCUACCCAGCUAGGCCCCCAAUUUACAACCCUGCAGCUCCUCCUCCCUAUAUGCCACCACAGCCCUCUUAUCCAGGAGCCUGAAGAUCCAGCUACGUCUCUGCUGCCCCUUCAGAGAUACCAACUUUGGAAGAUUGCCCAUCUUGUACCUGCAUCCUGCCCUGGGGUGGGCAAGGGUCUUCUAGUCACCAAGCUCCAGACCAAGCCAAGUCCUGAGCCCUACUGGGGACAGUGCCCCAGAGAGGUGGAACAGGAACCUGGCUGGAACUAGACUGUGGAUGAGGGGUGGUUGGGAGGGCUUGGGACUGAUGGGCUAUUUUCACUGGGGGGAAAAGAGGGAGGUGAGAUCUGGAGUCACACCCCCAGUUUCCAUGUAGUUGCUCUGCUCCCAGGAUCCCAGCUGGAAAGGCCAGGGCCCCUCCUGUUUGCCCACUUUGUGUUGGGGUAGUGGCAGUGGGAAGCUCCAUCAACAACUGGCAGGAGCCCUCCUCUCUGGCUGCCGCACUGGCCAGGGCUCUGGCCCGCUGGAUUAAAGCUGUAAAGAUGUGACUA